AUGGACGGGGACGGAGGCGCCGGACUGGGCGGCGCGGCGAGGGAGACGCCCGCCGGCCUGGGCGCCGCGCCGAGGGAGCCUCCCACCGGCCUAGGCGCUGCGGAGAUGGAAGGGCCCGCCGACCUGGGCGGCGCGCCGCGGGCGGCCCCUGCCGGGCUAGGCGUCGCAUCGCGGGCGGCACCCGCCGACCUGGCCGCCGCGCCGCGGGCGGACCCCGCCAGCCUGGGCAGCGCGUCGCGGGCGGCACCCGCCGGCCUGAGCGGCGCCUCGCGGGCGGCACCCGCCGACCUGGCCGCCGCGCCGCGGGCGGACCCCGCCAGCCUGGGCAGCGCGUCGCGGGCGGCACCCGCCGGCCUGAGCGGCGCCUCGCGGGCGGCACCCGCCGGCCUGAGCGGCGCCUCGCGGGCGGCACCCGCCGGCCUGAGCGGCGCGCCGCGGGCGGACCCCGCCAGCCGAGGCAGCGCGUCGCGGGUGGCACCCGUCGGCCUGGGCGGCACCCGCCGGCCUGGCCGCCGCGCCGCGGGCGGACCCCGCCAGCCUGGGCGGCGCCUCACGGGCGGCUCCCGCCGGCCUGGCCGCCGCGCCGCGGGCGGACCCCGCCAGCCUGGGCAGCACGUCACGGGCGGCACCCGUCGGGCUAGGCGGCGCGCCGCUGGCAGCCCCCGCCGGCCUGGGCGGCGCGCCGCGGGCAGCCGCCGCCGGUCUGGCCGCCGCGCCGAGGGGCGGCCCGGCCGUUGUGGGUGGCGUGACCGGCGCGACGAGAGAGGCAUCAGGCAUGGAGCAAGAUCCGUCCAGGGGUGA